AUGGGGAUUCUCAGCAUCACGGACCAGCCUCCUCUGGUCCAAGCCAUCUUCAACCGUGAUAUAGAGGAGGUGCGGUCAUUGCUGAAUCAGAAGGAGAACAUUAAUGUAUUGGACCAAGAAAGACGAACACCGCUGCAUGCUGCUGCCUACAUAGGAGAUGUUGCAAUCCUCGAGCUCCUAAUACUGUCAGGUGCUAAUGUUAACGCAAAGGAUACUGUUUGGCUCACUCCGUUACACCGCGCUGCGGCUUCUCGUAACGAGAAGGCACUUCACCUCCUCCUGAAGCACUCGGCAGACGUCAAUGCCCGCGACAAGUACUGGCAAACGCCUCUGCACGUCGCCGCUGCCAACCGGGCCACCAAGUGUGUGGAGGCCAUCAUCCCCCUGCUGAGCACUGUCAAUGUCGCAGACCGCACGGGCCGCACGGCGCUGCACCACGCCGUGCACAGCGGCCACCUUGAGAUGGUGAACCUGCUGUUGAACAAAGGGGCCAGCCUGAGUACUUGCGACAAGAAGGACCGCCAGCCCAUCCACUGGGCAGCUUUCCUAGGGCAUUUGGAAGUUCUGAAGCUGCUGGUGGCCCGGGGAGCUGAUGUGAUGUGUAAGGACAAGAAGGGCUACACCCUGCUGCACACUGCGGCAGCCAGCGGCCAGAUUGAAGUUGUGCGUCACCUGCUUAGGCUGGGAGUCGAGAUCGAUGAACCAAAUUCCUUCGGUAACACUGCACUUCACAUUGCCUGUUACAUGGGCCAAGAUGCCGUGGCCAACGAGCUGGUCAAUUACGGCGCCAACGUCAAUCAGCCUAACGAGAAGGGCUUCACCCCUCUGCACUUUGCUGCCGUCUCCACAAAUGGGGCCCUGUGCCUAGAGCUCCUUGUGAACAACGGGGCCGAUGUCAACUUUCAGAGUAAGGAAGGGAAGAGCCCUUUGCACAUGGCUGCCAUUCACGGACGGUUCACGCGUUCGCAGAUCCUCAUUCAGAACGGCAGUGAGAUUGACUGUGCUGACAAAUACGGCAAUACCCCCCUCCACGUUGCUGCUAGAUAUGGCCACGAGCUGCUAAUUAGUACUUUGAUGACGAAUGGUGCUGACACUGCAAGGCGUGGGAUCCACGACAUGUUCCCUCUGCACUUAGCUGUUCUCUUUGGAUUUUCAGACUGUUGUCGUAAGCUACUUUCCUCAGGUCAGUUGUACAGUAUCGUCUCCUCGCUGAGCAAUGAGCACGUGCUGUCUGCAGGCUUCGAUAUCAACACGCCUGACAACCUCGGGAGGACUUGCCUCCACGCUGCUGCUUCUGGAGGGAACGUUGAAUGUCUUAAUUUGCUGUUGAGCAGCGGUGCUGACUUGAGGAGGAGAGAUAAAUUUGGAAGGACUCCACUGCACUACGCAGCUGCCAACGGCAGCUAUCAGUGUACGGUGACACUGGUCACGGCAGGAGCCAGUAUUAACGAGGCUGACUGUAAAGGCUGUACCCCCUUACACUAUGCUGCUGCUUCGGACACGUACAGGAGAGCAGAGACUCAUUCAGGAAACAGCCAUGACACUGAUGAGGAGCCACUGAAGGAGUCCAGGCUGAAGGAGGCAUUCUUUUGUUUAGAGUUCUUGCUGGAUAAUGGUGCUGACCCAUCCCUCCGGGACAAGCAGGGAUAUACUGCUGUCCACUAUGCAGCUGCGUACGGCAACAGGCAGAACCUCGAACUGCUCCUGGAAAUGUCUUUUAACUGCCUGGAGGAUGUGGAAAGCACCAUUCCAGUCAGCCCUUUGCACUUAGCUGCCUAUAAUGGUCACUGUGAAGCCCUAAAGACACUUGCCGAAACCCUCGUGAACCUCGACGUGCGGGACCACAAGGGGCGGACAGCGCUGUACCUCGCCACGGAGAGAGGCUCCACGGAGUGCGUGGAGGUGCUCACCAGCCACGGCGCGUCCGCUCUGGUGAAGGAGAGGAAGAGGAAGUGGACCCCUCUCCACGCUGCAGCUGCCAACGGGAACACUGAUUCCCUGCACCUCCUGAUAGACAGCGGCGAGCGGGCAGACAUCACCGACGUCAUGGACAUCCACGGCCAAACCCCCCUGAUGCUGGCGAUCAUGAAUGGCCACGUCGACUGUGUCCACCUCCUGCUGGAGAAGGGAUCCACAGCCGACGCAGCGGACAAGAGGGGAAGGACCGCCCUGCACCGAGGGGCUGUGACGGGCUGUGAGGACUGCCUGGCUGCUCUGCUGGACCACGAUGCCUUCGUUCUGUGUCGGGAUUUCAAAGGCCGGACCCCGAUCCACUUUGCGUCGGCGUGCGGGCACUUAGAAAUCCUGAGGACCCUGCUGCAGGCAGCCCUCUCUACUGACCCUCUGGACUCUGUGGUGGACUACAGCGGUUACUCACCGAUGCACUGGGCUUCAUACAGUGGGCAUGAAGAUUGUCUUGAAUUGUUACUUGAACACAAUCCGUUUGCAUACUUAGAAGGAAACCCCUUUACUCCAUUGCACUGUGCAGUAAUUAACAACCAGGACGGCACUGCUGAAAUGCUGGUGGAAGCAUUAGGUGCCAAGAUUGUUAAUAGCAGAGAUGCCAAAGGAAGGACACCCCUUCACGCUGCUGCCUUUGCAGACAACAUCCAUGGUUUACAGCUGCUUCUGCGCCACCAAGCCGAGGUGGACAUGACUGACAAGCUGGGGAGGACUCCCCUCAUGAUGGCUUCUGAGAACGGGCACACUGCAGCAGUCGAGUUCCUGCUGUACCAAGCAAAAGCAAAUAUAACUGUGCUGGAUGUCAACAAGAACACAGCUCUUCACCUGGCCUGCAGCAAGGGUCAUGAAAAGUGUGCCUUGUUGAUCCUGGGGGAAACCCAAGACCUUGGCCUUAUCAAUGCAAGUAACAGUGCUCUGCAAAUGCCGCUCCACAUCGCAGCUCGGAACGGGCUGGCCUCCGUCGUCCAGGCCCUGCUCAGCAGAGGUGCCACUGUGCUGGCUGUGGAUGAAGAAGGUCAUACCCCAGCCUUGGCAUGCGCCCCCAACAAGGACGUUGCCGACUGCCUGGCACUUAUCCUCUCCACCAUGAAGCCUUUCCCACCUAAAGACGCCAUCAGCUCUUUCAGCUUCAACCUCCUCAAGAACUGCGGCAUUGCAGCCAAAACCGCCGCCUGCGGGGCCCUGCCCAACGGCAGCACCUGCCCAUACAGCAAGGACCGGCACAACGCCAUCGGCUUGGACGGCUGUUACUCGGAGUAGCUUAAACUAUGGGUGACCUAAUA